AUGUUAAAAAGAAUUAAAUUUUGUUAUAAAAAAACUAUAUUAAAAUCUUUUUUACAAAAAAAAAUAGGCUUUUAUAUUAUUAAAAAAAAAAUUUACAUAUUUAAUUUUAAACAACUUUUACAAAAUAUAAAAAUAGGGAAUUCUUUUACUAAAAAAUUUUUAUAUCGUUUAUUUUAUUGUUUAAAAAAGAUUUAUAGUAAAUAUAUUUAA